AUAAAACCCAGGUUCAUAGUUAGUAGAGGGUCAUUACAUUGGUGAUAAUGUAUGGAUUUUCUUAAAAAAAUUUUCUCCACGUUUAUUUCGUCAAAUCAUAUUAAACUGUUAUAGAAACAUACAUAAGAUCAAUGUUAAUUAAUUAAUUAUAAUUGACAAUGCGUUUGUUUAUUCUAUUAAUUUGGAUUUGUUCAAGCUAUUCAUUUUUAUAGUUAAAAAUAUCAUGAUCUUAUUAUUCAAAAUAGAAUAGAUACAUCAUAUACAUUGUGAUAUCUGCUAUAUGUGUCUGUGUGUGUGUGUGUUCUAAGCGGUUUUAUAAACAUUAUGAAGUUGAUUUGACGUAACAAAAUGGAGUUGUUGUUAGAACAAAUAUCUCUGUGAGAUUUUACUUAGUUUUUAGUUUAUAGUGAAUUAAUUUGACAGAAAAUACAGUGGAGGAAUCAUUGAAAAUUUCCAGUUAUUUUUUUAAUAUUAUUGUUGAACGAAAUGUUCAUGAUAAAUUGACUGUUUCAUAACUUAGUGGCAAUAAUAUAGACGUAACUAUUAAUAAAACCCUUUGUAAAUUUAAGAACUCAACAAUUCUGCAUGAGUAUGAAGUUUUGGAUUUGUCACUCGUAAACUAAUAAGUGUUUUCACAGGUAAAAAGUUAUUCUUUAGGUAUAUAUUACUAAUCAUAUUCGUCUAUUCUUUGUUCCAAUUACAAAUUACUUUAUAUUACAUAGUAGAAUAAUAUGUUCAGAAGUCUUAUCUGAUUAAAAUUUGAUCGGUUUACUGAUAUUCAUGAUUCAAAAAUUGUUGGAAAUGUAGUAAACUCAUUCAUCAGGUACUUGGAUUUGAAACACACUCUAAGUAUGAGUGUUAGUGAUACUACUCAGUUUCUCAAACUAAGGUGAACGGAAUAGGAUUCGAACCAGGGAACAUAGUGACUGAAAGUCGGAUGCUUUAGCCACUAAGCUAUCGCUUCAUUAAAUCUAUUCGUGAUAUUCUUAGAUAUUUGUUAUUUGGAAAGGCAUCAUAGGUUUGAUUCUAGUUAAAGUCGCUUAUUUUUUCUAAUAACUUGUGCUGAGUCAAAGUUAGAAAUCCUCAACACAAAUCGUAUUAUUGCGAUAAGCUUUUUUAAAAUGCAUUGAAAUUGUAAAUAUUUCAUAAAUAUUAUAAAAUAAAUUUUUCAGUAAUUUUGACCAUUCGUUAUCAGUCCCAAGGUUUUUCGUCGAGUUCUACCCCACACAUUAUUUUCCAAUACAUUAUAUAUUUAAUGCAUGAAUUUAAACGUACUCGCCUCCAAUAUAACAAUCAAUGUAUUGUUUUCGCUUAUAUUUUUCUCAGUAGUUAGCAUCAUGAUAUGUUUUUUAACAUUUUGUGAAAGCUCAUGAAUACAUCGUAUGGUUAUUAUUAGCUUGAAAGUUUUGAAAUAUGAAUCAAUUUUGGAGUAUUCGCAUAGUAACAAAUGAAUUCGCAUUUGAUCAAUUCAUUAUUAUUAAACAUUAUUCAAAAAAGUUCUAUCUUAUCUUAUUUCUGAUUGUAUUUUUAGCCCUACUAAAAUGGGUUUACUAGAUCCAGAUACGCGUGAUGGUCGUGUGAUCUUCUUUUUACCAUGGAUGAAUUAUGCGUUAGCUGGCACUACAGAUACUGAAUGCAAUGUUACUGAUCAGCCAUCGCCUUCUGAAGCUGAAGUGAACUUUAUCUUGGAAGAAAUUAGUAGUUAUCUUUCUCCGGAAAUCCAAGCUUAAGCUUAAGUUAUGAACUUUUCAUUGUCUUCCCAGACAAAAUCUUGUGCUCAAGACAUGUGGAUUCAUUUUACUGUCUUUCGUCGUGGUGAUGUACUGUCAUCUUGGGCAGGUAUUCGACCACUUGUUCGUGACCCAAAUUCUUCUGAUACACAAUCGAUUGCACGUAAUCAUAUUAUUGAUGUUUCGCCAUCUAAAUUGAUAACAAUUGCUGGUGGUAAAUGGACAACUUACAGAAGUAUGGCAGAAGAGACUGUGGAUAAAGCGAUAAAGGUAUGUGAUCUUAAACCAACUGGUCCAUGUCGUACCAAAGGUCUUCUUUUAGAGGGUGCUCAUGGUUGGUCACCAAAUCUAUUUAUACAAAUUGUUCAAGAAUAUGGUAUGGAUGUUGAUGUGGCACGCCAUUUAACUGGGAUUUAUGGUGAUAAAGCUAUCACUAUAGCUAAUAUGUCCAAACUAACUGGUUUAAGAUGGCCAAUAUUAGGUAAAAAAUUACAUCCUGAAUUUCCUUUUAUUGAAGCUGAAGUGGAAUAUGCAUGCCGAGAAUAUGCUUGUCAUGUUGUCGACUUUCUUGCUCGUCGUACUCGUUUAGCAUUUUUGAAUGUACGAGCUGCGGAAGAAGCUUUGCCAAGAAUUGUUGAUUUAAUGGGUGAACAUUUAAAAUGGAACAGUGAGAGAAAAAAGCAAGAAAUGCGUGAGGCAGAGAACUUUUUAAAAUCUGAAAUGGGUCUUGGUCUGCGUGUUAUGGAAGGUGUUCGUAUGGAUUUGACCAUUGAUGAAAUUAGUAAUCUUUUACAAAGUUUCCGUAAACUUGAUCAUGGCACUAAAGGAUAUGUUUCAUUGGAUGAUUUACGCAAAUUUUGUACUGAAUCUGGUGAAUAUGUUAGUGAAGAAGUGUUACAAUCUACUUUGAAUACAAUGGAUAUUAAUAAGAAUGGACAAGUUGACAUGUCAGAAUUCUUACAAGUAUGUUAAAAUGGAAAAUUUUUCUCUCUGAUGUUUUAUUUAUUUAUUUCAUUGGUUCUCGGAAAAUAAUUCUUAGUUCCCUUUAUUUUUCCAUCAUUUUCUAUCUACAUAUUUCAGUUAAUUCUCAUAAAGAAAUUUUAUUUUAUUUUUAACAUUCAAUCAGAUACUUUACUCUUUUCAAGUUGAAAAACAUUAAUGCUUAUGUUGUUUGAGAUAACAAGUCAACAUUCUUUGUUUUUAGAUAUUUGGUUGCUAGGUUGUUCAAAUUUUAACCGACAGAUUUCAGAUUCAAAAGUCGACCCAUUUGUUAAGGUUUGGAUAACCGGCUGAUAUCAUUGACCUUAACACAAAUAGUGUGAUUAAUUGUUGAAUACGUACAAUUACACGUAGUAGUAAUUGAAUUAAAUUAAAUUAAAUACGUUAUCUCUUUCAUAUUAAAUAAUAACAAUCCUAUGUUGUUAAGGUGAUAUCGAUUAGCUCCUGUUGUUUGCAGAUAUUUUCUACUUGUUUUAAAUUAUAUACACAUUCCAAUUUUCUAAAAGGGCAUAUUGCACCGAACACGUUUUUGUUAUCUCAAGAAAUUGAAGUAAAAACGUUGAUAAGUCAAUGCCAAUAAACUCCUCCAAGUUUAAGACAUGAUUACGAAUUCAUACUUCUGAUUGUAAACUGCAUUUGAUAUUUUUGCCAAUCAAUUACGCAGCCGUUUUAAUGGUUCGGAGUUAUUAAUUUGUAUAAAAACUUGCUGUCAUACACACACACACACACGCAAUAUCAUAAUUCUGCUGUAUGCAUUUGCCUAUGGUUAAGUUUCUAAAAAACGACGAAACUGGGCUACCUAUUGCUUUAAGUAUAUUCAUGGAAGUUAAUUUCACUCUUAAAUUCUUCCACUUACCAUGAAGUAUUAAUAUUAGUGUAUUAAUGCAUAUGAAUACGUAGUCCCAUUGGCUUAACUAUAAUCGCUUGUGUUAGUUGGGGUUUUGAAUCAACUGACCGUAAGUUGUAGGCCUAGUUUUCAUGCUAGUUGAUAAUCACCAUCAAGCCGCAUCUUCAAUGUUGACUGAACUAAUGCUCUUCGUAUAUUUUGAGCUAGUAUCACAGUGUCAUAGUUAGAGACUUAAUUACUGAGCUAUUCGGACCGUAACUACUGAAUUUCUUUAGGGCUGAAAUAUUUACCAUUCAAUAAUAACCAAUUAGAUAUUCUUCUAGUCCUUAGUGCUGAUCAAUUUCUAUCGAUUAAUUUCAAUUUGGAUACUAAUUUAAUUGAGUUAUUAUUUUGUCAGUUCAAUCCUGUGCCAUCGAAUCUACCUUACACUGCAUUAAAGGAUAGACAUAUUGUUGCUGAUUGUAAUCGUUAGGGUUCAAAAUAGAGGCAUGAGAAAUACUCCUAACACAAUACUUGGUCUAUCAUAACUAGAUAAAUCUACGAUUAACACACAACGACACUUCAAAAAUUCUAACUUCACACAAGCGAGAAGAGAUGAGACUAGACUUUGUUAGCUAGAUUUUCUGCCUCUAGGAAAAAAAACAAUAAAUUAUGUGGACAUCUCAGUUUAUAUAAUGUUUUAGAAAACAAAGUAACUAAUAGGACUGCCUUAUUUCAAAAUUUACGAUAAUGUCGUGGUACAAAGGCUCACAUUGAUAUUGCUGAAGAAACCCUGACAAAUCAGCUAGAACACAAAUAUUUAUAGAUCGUGUAAAAGCCUGCGGCGCGUAUUUUAUUUGUAAGGAUUUAUAUUUUCUCGUUUUUGAUGUUAAGGGAUGCAGUUGUCCAGUCUCUGUACCCGUUACACAAGACAGUGGCUAUUUGAACUUCGUAGGUCGACGCAUAACGCUUUAAUGUUUGAAGAUAAAAGUACUAGGUUCGAUGAUCUACCAUGUGAAAAUGAAAACUAGAAUGGUUGUACACCCAGAGGACCACCCCAAGUGGGAUGAAAUAGGCUAUCCAGAUUUCACUGCUAGUCACUAUCUAACUUUAAUCAAGACUUGUGAAUAAACGAAAAUAUCGAGGCAAUCCACUCAGGAUGCAUUCAUAUCAAUUGUAGAUCUUAACAUAAACAACAGGAAAGCACAAACCCUUUAAAAGAAAUUCGGAGAGUUUAAUUACUAAAAUAAUAAUUAUUCAAUUUACUAUCGUUGUUAAUUUUUUUUUGGAUAAUUACACUUUGUUGUAAAAGAUAUUAAUUCUUUGUCAAGUUUUGUGUCGUCACGGCAGUUCAUAAUGCUUUCAGCUGAAAUACCUGGUUAGCGGUUUUUUUUAGCAAGGAUGUUUUCUGCGGGAUGGUUCCUAUUAGAACUUAACAAAUCACAAUCACUAUAGGAAUACAUUUAAAUCUAAAUGGAAUAGUGUGUUUUAUUUGAUACUUUGUGAACAGAUUUUCUUAAUAUCGUGUUUUAUAAUUUUGCAUAUGCAAAUUACUUUUUUAUUCUCAUACGAACUUUUUUUGACAAGAAUUAUAAAUUUUAAUUAUGAAUAGUGUUACAAUACUGGUUCUUUAGGCAAGUCAAAUUUAUUUAUCUCAGUGCCCUGUAUUAAUUGUAACUGCUAUAGAGAUGUCAGUGUGAUAAGUUUACGACUUGUUUUUUGUCUACGUUGGUGUUAUUUUACUUUUAUCGAUAAAUUCUUUGAAACUGUUAGUGAGGUCGGUCAGCUUUUCAUUACUGAAUUGCGCAUUCAAUUUAAAACUCAGUUUUAAAGGAAACUAUUGUCAACUUAUUCAUUGAUCCAAGUGACUUUUUAGAAUUGAAGUUAAGAUAGAAAUCACUGUAUUAAACUUGUUAAUAUUCUUUUCAAUGGUGUACAAUUUAUUCAGGAAAUAACACAUUUUUUCAACCUAAUUUUCUGUCUACGCAAUCAAUUCACUAAAUACUGAACCGUAAAUUAGGAACGUGAGCUCAGUUAUAUGAGUAAGAAAAGUGAUAAUGAUGAUGAAGUGGCCAAAUUUAUCUACGUGAUUACGAUUUAUUGAUAAUAAAGGACGUUUAUCAACGAUCAUUGUCCGUAGGUAUGGUAUAUCUUUUACACUUUCUAAGUCCAGAGUACCUUUACCUGGAAAUAAACUUUUCGGCUUUGGGUAUACGGGUGAUAUUGUCUUACUUUGAGACGAUAUCCGAGCCAUGCAGUGCGUACUCAAUCAGUUGGCAGUCAGCAUCUGUGGGUAUGGGAUUUAUUUUGCACCUUCUGAGUGCAAAGUACUAUUAGAAGACUGGCAGAAGCCUGUCCCUUCACUCACUGUUGUUAGUGUGCAGAUAGAAUUAGUGUAGAAGUUGAUGUGUCUGUGUAUCUGUGUAAAUGCCGGUGGUGGCGUGAGUAGUGAGACCAAUUCACGCAUAAUAGAAGUUCGUUUGUGUUAUUUCGACGUGUGCAGUCUUUGGUGCUUUUGUUUUGUUAUCCCGGGUGUAAAGGGUUGGAUCUACGACACGUGGAUUAGAGUAGUUGUGCUAUGUGCUUUCUAAUCCUGAACUGACCGAGUUGAGGAUGUUAAGUGACUCUAUGUUUGAUCAUCGUUGUCUGGGAAGUAUUUGUAACAUUCAGUGGCAACACGAUUUCAUUAAUGUUAGAGGUUCUGGAACGUGUGUUCAGACACAGUGCGGAUAAUGCAAUUGGUGUGAACAUCUUGGAACACUGUCUUGGUUUGCUUAGAUAUUUAAUACGAAUGUCAUGCCAACGAACUUCCCAUGGUUGGUUAUUUGCGGACACUGGGAGUUGUUGGAAAAAUCGGAGAAGUGGUCAGUGUAUGACAUGGUGUCGUGAUAUAAAAAAAGUUGUAUGGGGAUGACUUGAAUAAGCUGUUUUGUCUCAGUUGUAUUGUCAAUGGAUCGUGCCUUAGAGAACUAACAUUACCUAGAUUUAAAUCUGUGGUGGUCGGUAUCCGAUAUAAUCCUUAACUUCGUAUACAAUUCGUCUUGCUAACCGUUCUGUAUAACGCCCCAACUGUAUAAUAAUCAGAAGGCAAAUACGAAGUGUUGAUUACGUUUAUUGCGAGACCACACACAUAUAUCCAAAUGUACAAAUGCGUUAAAUAAGCAUAGAAGAGUUGUGCCGAAAGGCAAGCAAGCGAGCGAUGGCCAGAGCAAGAGCGUGUGAGCGAAUGAGUAAGUGAGUGAGAGUUCAAUAUGAAUAACAUGGACAUAUAUAUACCAUGUGAAAUGAAUGUGUAAUCGAAUCGAAUAAGCGGUUAGUAGUAAGACUAGCAGAGUGAAUAAAUGCGUAGGCAGUAAUCAAUAUUCAAGCAUGCGUAUUUCAUGCGAGCACAAAAUAAUAAGGGUACAAUAAAUUGUUAUAGUACGGAUGGCUUUGUCCGCUAAAUAAGUUAGCGAAAGGGCUUAACUGAGCUAAAUGAGAAUAAACCCAUUUGCACGUGAGUCGCUAUAAUAGCUCCCCCCUGCAAACAAAGAUAUAUGGAAAAUGUCUGUGUUUGCACACAAAAAAUAGUAGACUGAAUAGAGUAGUUCCAAUUGUUUGAAAAAAAUGGCUUAUACAAAAUUAAGAUGAAGUUAGUGUGUGCUGUACAUUUGGUUUGUGCCCGUCCGUGAGGUUACAUAAAAUAAUAGCAAAAAAUAGAAGGAAUGAGGUAUUGUCUUUACAUUUUAAACAAAAAUUAUACGCAUAAGUUUAAGGGUACAUAAGAUACGUUGAGUUUUAUAGCGUAUAACAUGAGCUUAAUAAUGCAUGUGUAUACAAUGAAGUAGAAGUUAUAAUUGAUAUUCCAAAUAGUAGAUUAUUAUUAAUAGAAAAUUGUAGCGACAUAUUGUUGGGGCCAUCUUACUCUGCGGCCAGAUCUUGUUGUUAUCGGAGUCUUGUCUUUUUGUUGAGUUAACGUUGAUGAUUUUUGGGACUCGUGUUUCGCUGGUAUGACCAUCUUAGAUGAGUCUGUACUUGUUGAUUGAUUAUCGCUAUCGAUGAAAGCUGGCUUUACUCGAUCGAUGCUAAUUACAUCUGUCUUCCCAGCUUUUUCUAUGGUAACCGUUUUAUUUGUCCUCUCUAUCACUUUAAAUGGACCGUCGUAACUCGGUUGAAGAGGUGGUUGUACUUUAUCUCUUCUAAUGAAUACGUGAGUGCUGCUAUGUAGUUCCUGUGGUAUGAAUACUCGUCGUUGUUGUGGUCUGGGAGGUGUUAUUUUUAAAUCGCUCAUGUGCUUUCUCAGGCGUUGCACAUAGCCGGUUACAUCAGUCGGGACACUUUUACUUGAAGUGAAAAAUUCUCCGGGUAAUCGUAGAGUAGUUCCAUAUACUAACUCGGCUGGACAACAUCCCAUGUCUUGUUUAAUUGUUGCUCUUAGAGCUAACAUUACUAGGGGAAGUUUAUUAGACCAAUCGUUGUUAACGAUGACGGCUGUAAGGGACGCUUUUAAUUGCCUAUGUAGGCGCUCGACCAUUCCGUUUGCCAUUGGAUGAUAGUUACAAUUGUAAUCGAAUACGUUGGAUUUUAGGAAUUGGAUUAUGUCGUUCAAGAUUGUUUCGUGUUCGCGCGUCGGGAUCGCCAAUUAUGUGGUGGUCGGUAUCCGAUAUAAUCCCUAACUUCGUAUACAAUUCGUCUUGCUAACCGUUCUGUAUAACGCCCCAACUGUAUAAUAAUCAGAAGGCAAAUACGAAGUGUUGAUUACGUUUAUUGCGAGACCACACACAUAUAUCCAAAUGUACAAAUGCGUUAAAUAAGCAUAGAAGAGUUGUGCCGAAAGGCAAGCAAGCGAGCGAUGGCCAGAGCAAGAGCGUGUGAGCGAAUGAGUAAGUGAGUGAGAGUUCAAUAUGAAUAACAUGGACAUAUAUAUACCAUGUGAAAUGAAUGUGUAAUCGAAUCGAAUAAGCGGUUAGUAGUAAGACUAGCAGAGUGAAUAAAUGCGUAGGCAGUAAUCAAUAUUCAAGCAUGCGUAUUUCAUGCGAGCACAAAAUAAUAAGGGUACAAUAAAUUGUUAUAGUACGGAUGGCUUUGUCCGCUAAAUAAGUUAGCGAAAGGGCUUAACUGAGCUAAAUGAGAAUAAACCCAUUUGCACGUGAGUCGCUAUAAAUCUACAUAAAAUUUAAUAGCGUUUACAUUAUAACUUUAUUUAAAAGAUUUCUUCUAUUUUAACUUCUGGAAUUACAUUCCCUAGUGUACUUCACAUAUUUUGAAUUCCGAGUUAUACGGUAUCUGUUGUCCGAUCCUUUAAAUAAUGUACUAAAUCAACUUGAUUAGAAAUGUUUUUGUGUUUACUUGUAUUAAAGUAGUAUGUUAAAGAAACAGACAUAUUUAUUCAUACUUUAUUUGUGUUGUUGCUAUCAUUAGAACUUAUCGCUAGUUUCAUUUUUAUCAAAUUCUUAUGGUUUUGAAAUUGAUUUUGAUCAAUGUUUUGUAUUUCUAAACACAUCAUGUAUUUAAUGUGCAAUACCAGUUAUCAAAAGCUUGAAGAUCUGUUCAAGACAGUUGACUGGAUACUUAAUGAUAAUCUUUUGCCUUUGUAGAUUAUCAUUUUACAUGUUUGUGAGCUAUCUAAGAUUUCGAGAUCAUUAGCAAUGAAUCUUUAGAAUGUAGAUCAACCUAGUUGUCGAAGUAAAAACGCUUCUCAAAUUAUUCAUUUAUGGUCACUAAACUUUUCCAUAGUUUUAAAGAUCUAAAGAUCUAUCUAAAUAAUUUAAUUAGUAAAAACUAAAACAUCGGUUCGCCACAAAUAAGGGAAGUAUCUGUGUUUCAAUUUCUGUCACAUAAAGAGGGGCUAGAUUCUGGACUAAUUUGAUUAUUGGUUACGCUGAAGAAAGAUAUUAAAAUUUAUUUCUGUUUGACCGAUAGAUCCGUUUAUACAUAAGUAUUAUCUAUUUAUUUAAGUGUUUACAAUUCGCCUAACGACAUCUGAUUGUAAAUCUUGUUAAUUUGACAUCAUCAACAUCGGAGUUGGCACAAGUGUGUGUUCGUUUAAGUUGUCAUCAGGACAACUUAAGUGGUUAUAAACAAGAGAAGUGAAGUAGAGGAAACAGUAUUAACAACACUUGAAUUCUAAAUGUGACCAGGUUCAUGAAGAUAUAACCGUGAUCGAAUAAAUUGAAAACCUGUGAAUGGAGAUUUCAAAGAAGAUAGACACUGAAUAAAAUUGUGCUGCUCUGAUAGAUUUUGGACUGUGUCAAUUGUAUCUAACCGCUAAUCUGAUUGGAUAAGGCUCAAUCAGUCAGUCAGCUACAACGUAGGACCAGACACAUAUAUGCAUCGCACCAAGUCGUCAUACCUCAUUAGCACAACAACAUCAACACCAAAUUCAUAGAAGUAGUUACUUCAAUGGUAGUAAUAUAUAAAAUAAAGAUUGCAUAUGAGGAUAUAGUGCAGGAAGAAAGGAUUAGUUCGUAGAAAGAAAGAUAUAAAGCAAUUUUAAUCUCAAGGUUUAAAGGAAAACAAAGAGUGUAUACACCUACUCCAUCGUGAUUGAUUCUCAGCCAUGUCACCCACAGUCUCCAACCAUUGGUUACGAUAGUCACGCAGACCCUAACCAACUAGUCUGCGUUUUCCAACAUGACUCGGACUAGAAGUUAGUGACUUCAUUCAAACAAGUAGUUAGCGACUUUGUCCAUAUCAUAAAAAUUACGUUUCUCAAGUUAUUCAGGAAAUAUGCUUUUUCACAAUUUGCUACUUUAAGAUCAAUAAGAAAGAUUACAAUCAGAAAAGUAAACAUUGUUGAUAGAGUUAUACAGUUUCUGCUACAUAAAAUAUACUCUAAUCAACUUAUUAAGAAUGAAUCUUGACUCUUUUGCCGUUAUUGAAAUAUGAUGAACUAGAAAUGUAGAAAAACACUUCUUAUACAUUCGUACUCAGAUAUUAAGAAAAUUUUCAUUCUAGUCAAAUUAUAUACAAACCUUCAACUUUUUUAGAUUUAAUUAGCUUUGUAUAAACAUUUCCUUCAUUCACAUAUCUUACUUAUAAACUGUUUAUUUUAUUCAUAUUUCAAUAUUAAUCAUUUAUGUAUGAUGAAAACAACAUAGGUACUACGUAGUCAACUCAUCCAUCAAUUGAAUUCACGUAAUCUUGAUAAACAAGCUUAACAAUUAUCUACGUAAGGACAUUACAAAGCAGAUCUACAAUAUUUGACUAUUUUUGAAAACCCACUAUUUUAAUCAAAGUUUGUUUUGUGCGUGGAUUUACAUUAACAACAAAUCAUUAUAAUGCUUAACACUCUGCUUCUGUUACAGCUGCUUUUUGUGUUGUAGAAUUAUCACAGGUCACUGUUGCUGCCUCUUCUUAUGAACAUUCAUUGUGUAUUUGUCAUUAUUUUGCUACUAUUUUUGCGCAAUAUGUGUCUGCGUAUGUUUGUGCUUGACUUUGCAGGUUAAUUUUACCUUCUAUAGUAUACGUUUGUCAGUUGAACACCAUUUUAACUAGUCUACUUCACUCCCGGCUGUAUAACUGAAAGUGAGAUUGCCGUUAAUCACUGAGUUGAUGUUGUAUUUUCACAUUUUCUGAUUAACCGAUUUAAAGUUGUGAUAAUAAUGAAAAGUUGGGUAAUUUUAGAAUAUUAAUUUUGUGUUCCUUGUUAUUAGUAGAUUUACCUUAACGUUAGGUCAAUAAGUUUUAAAUUUAUAUAUACAAAGCUUGAAGUUUAUAUUGGAUACUAGACUGUUUUGAUUAUGCCAGUCCAAAUGUUUACCAAUGUAAACUAAUGCAUCUGUUAGACUGAUCUUUAUGAAUCACAUAUAUGAUGAAUUCUGAAAUGAUGAAAAUAAGAGCAUAAGUGAUAGCUACUUUCCAAAUAUUCAACAAACACACUGUAAAUUUCAGUUCUCGUGAGCCAGAUUAUGAUAUUGUUUUCCAUUAGUCUUUUGGUCAUAAAGCUAGUAUGUAUACCGUAUAAUUAAAACUAUUAGCAUCUAAACAGUAGUUUUCGAGAACAAUAUCGAGUCAGUGGCUGAGGGGUUAGAGUUUAAGUUUAAUCUUACUCCACCUAUCUCGAUUCCAGCAUGCAAGUAGUGCUGGUGACCCUAACACACAAACUGUAGCUCUAAGCCAAUUACAUAAAUCUUUGCUUGGCCAAUGGAUGAUGUUUUCAAUAUCAUUAUCAGAGACAUAACUGAUAGUGAAAUGCUGAUCACUUUUAAAUGUUCGUCUCGUUAAAACUACGUGAGUAGAAGCAUAUGACUUAACUCUAGUUUAAUCUCAACUAAGCUUUUUAAUUAAACAAUUUUACAUUGUGCACAAAUUUUUAUCAAAUUUUUUGAUGUGCUACCUGUUCUAUUUAUCAGCUGGUUGUUAUUCGAUCCUUUAUUGCAUUGCUUUUAUCCAAUAUACUAUAUUGAUUAUUUUAGUAAAAUCACUUUCUCCCUAUGGUAUUCAAACCCUUUUCACUUACGUAAAGAGUUAAUAUCGUCGUCGCUAAAAACGUAGAGUUUUUUCAAGAACCAUCAUGAAAAUACGUGCUCAUAUUUCUUAAGUUUGUGUCACUUUUUUUUCUAAAAUUUCACUUUCAUUAUUUAUUUAAGAUCAUAAUUCUGUUUUUCCUGAAUAACUCUUGUUCACUUUCCUUUUAAAUUACCUUCUAUGAACAAGAUGCCCCGUAUACCGUUGCUAACAGUAAUCAUUUUUAGUAUUUCAAAUGACAAGUACUUAUCUCGAGCUAUACUGUUAAAGAAUCAUGUUAGAUAAUUUCGUCUAAUGAAUGGUAUGAAGUACAAAAAUGCUUCAUAUAUUGUCAGCAGCCAAAACUUACUACUCAGUCGUACAUUGUGUCAUAGUUUGAAAAUACCAACUUUAUAACUUACUGAAAUGAAGUGCCUGUAUUCACACUAACAAUGUAGAAAGAAAUUGAAUGGGAGUUCUUUUUUUCUAAUUCUCCUAUUAUCGUCAUUAUAUUUGCCUAAUUACACAAUUGCUUUAAUGUGCAUUCAUUAUAAAUUAUAUAAACUUUAAUUAUUAAUUACCAUAUAUAUAAGUAAUAAUCUUUAAAAUUAUGUCAUGUCAAAUUAUUAACAAUAUUUUGCCUAUUCUUCUUUUCUAGUUUAUGAGUGCAAUAAAAUCUGGCGUUGUUGUCAACUCACCUCUAAAGAAAGUAUUAAGUCGUACUCGAAUUCCUGUUUAUAGAAGUGGUGGUGGUGUUUGAAAGAAAACUGUUGUUCUGUUUAGAAACUUUCGCAAUGAUAAUAGCAAUAAUAAGGAUAAGUGUCCCUUAUCUUUACUUUUUUUCAAAAGUUAACUUAUUUCGCUGUGUUUUGUUCACUCCUAGUGUUAUGUGUCUAAAUGUGGUUGCCGAUUGUGCUUUUUUGAAGAUGUUGUUGAAUCGACUACAAGAAUGGUGCUAUUAUCAUUAAUGUUAUUCGCCACUUUAAUAAUAUCACAGAUUUGUAGUUCGACUAUCUUUUUUUCAAUUUUUAUUACUCUUAUCUAGGUGAGCUGAGAUUGUUGCAGAAUGUGUGCAUGUAUGAGUGACUUAUUUUAGUAAUUGUGCAUUUUUAAAGUUAUAGCGUGUAUAGAUAAAAAAACUUACUUAUUUUUUGGUUUAAUUUUAGCUAGUUAUAUUAUCAUUAUUCAAUAGAAUGCAAAAAUAUUCUUCAUUCAACACUCGGAAAACUGUUUUCUAUCUCAUAGUUGUAUUUUUCGUCGUUAUUAUCAUUAACUUUAGCUAUUCAUCACUUCCAAAACAGCAUCAUUUGUCCACCUACUACUGUCUAUCACAGCAACCAUUAGAAAUUUUCACUCUUUGAUCUUUUACUUGUUAAGAAUUAUGUUCAGUGUGUAUCGAUUUAGUUCACGAGUUUACUUUCUCGUUACUUUUUGUUUAUAUAUUGCAUUCUUUUUGUCAACUAUGUUCGAGAUUAUUUACAAAUUUUUGUUUGAGUAUCCAUACCUUGUGAUAAAGUCAAUACACUUAUACAACCCUCCAAACGUAUACGUGUUUUAUUAUACAGACAAUAGAACUUAAAUGUAUUUCGUAUUCAAGACAUAAGUUAUCAAAGAUCCGAAAUCUCGUGCAUAUCUGACCUUCGCUGAAAUUCUAGCCUCAGAUUUCUGAGAACGACUUCUGAAUUUGAGAUAUUUAUUAAGGUUACCUAACAAUUACUAGAAUAUAUACUCAUUGAGAACGUCUGUCAGGUAAGGCUUUACUGAGAAUACGAGAGUAGAUUAAAAGCAUAAAAUGUUUUGUGCAAAGACUUGUCUAAAUGUUUACCCGCUUGUUGGACUCAACAGUUCAUAUGUUAAACGUUUUCCGUUUAUUGAUAACAAUACUCAAUUAAAAUAAAGGAAAUAGAAUCUUCACUAACAUUCAGUUGGGAAGAAGUUUUUAAUAAUUUCUGUUUAUCUCAG